UGGUCAGGUGUGGCCGGUGACAGCGUUUGAUUCCCAGAGGAGUCAGCGACACGGCCCCCCAGCCCCUCCUCUCUCAGGUCAGAUCUCUGAAGCGACAGAGGGGGGAGUGGAAGACGGCUUCAGGGAGGAGGACGACAAAGGCAGACCUCGACGAUACUUCAGGUGUUGACCCGAGUGAGGUGAGGAGGAUAAGCUCCGCCCCUCACCAUGACAGACUUAGAGAGCGAGUGUUUGAGUCUUGGUCUGCCCCCUGACUGCAGCUCCCCUCCCCCACCCCUGGACCCCUCACUGCAAACAGAUUGCGACCCCGGGGCCGGCGACUCUGCCCCAACGCCAUCUCUGGCUCUCCUCUCCUCCGACUGCCCGACGCCCACACUCAACUCACUGGCGGCGGAAAUCGCAGAGCCUCUAGUGAUGCUGCCGUGUGUGAAGAGCGAGCCGGAGGACGGAGACCUGGAGCCCAUCAGGACCGUGGACCUGUCGGAGAUCCAGUCGCUGUCCACCGCAGAACUGGGCCAGGACCAGAUCAAGAUGGAGAUCAGCGGCCUCGACUACAUCAAGUCCGAGCAUCACGGUCUCCACGGCAACCACCAACUGGGCCCGUUUCACCACAGCGACGUCACAGAGCUGGACUACAAGUCGCACUAUGAGCCCAGCUCUGUGUUUGACUACAUCUCCCAGGUGACGGACACUCUGGAGUACAUUAAGUCGGACCACCAUGUGGACCUGCAGUGUUACUACACCACAGAGCUGAGCUCCCUGAAAUCGGAGUACCCAGAAUCCAACGCCAUGUCCACCUACCUGCAGCACAACGGCCUGGAGUCCAUCCACAUGGCUGAGCUCCGCACCGAGCUCAACAAGCUCCGCCCUGACACCCUGCUCAUGGACGGCAUUGGCAAACUGGACCCUGAGUUUGGAGGUGGGGCGCUGUACGAGCUACAGCCGACAGAGGACGGGAAGGCGUCUGCAGAGGCGACGGGGACCGGGCAGACGGGAGGGAAACUGGUCAUCACAACCAAAUCCCAGAGUCCAACGGUGCGAAAACCUCGUAACAUGCAGGGGGAGAAGCCUUUCUCCUGCACACAAUGUGGGAAGAACUUCAGCACGCUAGGAAACCUGAAAACCCACCAACGCAUCCACACCGGGGAGCGCCCGUACACUUGCUCGCAGUGCGGCAAGAGCUUCGGCCAGGCGGGAAACCUCAAGCGACACCAGCUAAUCCACACGGGCCAGAAGCCGUACGUAUGCGCUCACUGCCCCAAAGGCUUCACCAAGGCUGACGACCUGCGGUCACACCAGCGGCUGCACACUGGCGAACGCCCGUUCAUCUGCGUCACCUGCGGGAAGAGCUUUGGCCAGUCGAAGGAGCUGAAGGCUCACCAGCUGAGCCACACGGGCGAGAGGCCGUACUGCUGCCAACACUGCGGCAAGAGCUUCACCAAGGAGACUAGCUACCGCAACCACGUGCAGAUCCACACAGGCGAGAAGCCCUUCACCUGCUCACAGUGCGGAAAGACUUUCAGCAACUCCGGCGUGUUAAAAACCCACGAGAAGAUCCACACGGGAGAGCGGCCGUUCGGCUGCACGCAGUGCGGCAAGAGCUUCGGUCGCCUCGGCCACCUGAAGGCACACCAGCAGAUCCACACGGGCGAGCGGCCGUACGCCUGCCCUCAGUGUGGGAAGACUUUCAGCCAGUCGGGUCAUCUCAAAGCACACGAGCAGAUCCACAAACGAGAACAAGCGGACACGGCCAGCAGCAGCAGCAGCAGCAGCAGCAGCAGCAGCAGCAGCACCGUGGGCAGUGACAGUAGCUAAGAGAAUGUCCGUACCCUUUAACCUCGCGGAAAACAAAGUAUUAUUCCUUUUUUUUAUAAAUACUAUCUAUACAUUUUUUUCCUUAUGAAUUUUUCUUACAUUUUAAUACCUUUUGUGCUCUUUAUAUAUGUGGCAGGGUGGACCGACUGAUUUGCUCUUAUGCAAGUGUCCGUGUGUGUCCGUGUGUGCGUGCGUGCGUGUGUGUGUGUGCGCGUGUUAUGUACUGUGUCUGUGGGCGACUGAGUAACUGAGGGGUUUGUAGAUAAUCUGUAAACUGGUCAGAGUGAUCUCUGUCUCUCUCUUUCUCAGUACUUAUUUUUCAAGUACUUCACUGAAACAGAAGCACAAACACGUCUGAGGUUCAGAAACUUCCUUUUAUGAAACUGAGCGAAACCUCGUUCACUGUGAAUGAUCCAGAGUUUCACAAAGUGUUACUUGUUCACACCUGCUGUUGUCUCAUCUGACGUUUCGUCUACACGGUUACAUAUAGUUUAAAACUCAUCACUGUUGCUAUGGUUACAUCUGGAGUUCUCCAGCCUCUGAAUCAGAGACUCGUGUGAACUGAUCUCGUUUUAUUUUGAAAACUCUGGUUUUGUGUUUUAGUCUGAACACAAACUGAGACUUUAGUAAACGUUGAUGCCUCUCUCUUCUGAUUGGUUCUCAUCAGUCACAUGACUCGACUACCAGCGGUGAACACAAAGCGUCGCUAACACUUCCUGUCAGUGACAGCUCCACCUCGUCCCUGCUCUGACUCUUCACCAUCACUGCUCCUCCUUCAGAGGAGUUUCUGUUGCUAAGCAACCAACUGCAGACUAUCUUCUUCCUGUUUACAUCACAUGACCAGUGUAGGUGAACGGUCAUGUGACCUGUGUGAGUGUGAACAGAGAUUGAUACUGUAGAACCUGAGGUUGUCUGACACUCAUGUCCACAUGCUUUUGUCAAUGUGUCCUCUCACAAUGAAGUACAACCCUGAACCAAAGUAUUUCUACUUUUCUCACUGUUUCACACUCACUGGUUUAUUUACAGUAUUAUUUUCAUAUAGUUCUCAUUUUACUGUUUCAUCGAAGUUAAAUGAAGUGUUCCGUAAUGAAUGAUGUCAUUAUGGAACACACACACACACACACAGUCGUCGUAAGUCUUGAUAAAAACCUGAAUCUUCUCUUUGAGAACAGAUGAUCAUGUUAACUUAUAGAACAGGAAGUGACAUCUGAUCACAUGUGGAGACGCAGCAGCAGGUAUGAAUGGGGUCUCGGAACGAGUGAAGGUACACGUCUGAAAACACUUCAUGUAUCAAAUGUACGUGUCCCAUCUGCUAACAUGGAGGAGGAUGAGUUUGACCUGUAGCCAGCCACUAGGGGGCAAUCAAGAUGAUUUGGCUUCAUUUUAGGGAACCGUCAUGGCGUCCAUCUUUAUUCACUACUGUGAUCCAUCAAAGAUGUUCAUUGUUUAUUUUCUGAUUUAAUUCAGAAGAAACAGAUUCUGCUAAAACGAGCCGUUUUGUUUCCUGCGUCUCGUCCGAGGUCACAACACUUUAAACUCUGAACGUGAACAGACGAACGAGUCCUGGUUCAGUUUCCUCCGCAGUAAAAGUACUUUAACUCUGAGUACAACAAAGUGCCAGUACUUCUUCUGUUUCAGUACUUGCUGCCAGUUUACUAGUAUUUUACUCGCCAGUGUUCACUCUGUUACCGUGUUGGUAAAAAUGAUGAUGUAACUUUGAUAUUUUUUAUGGACCAGUAUUGAUCAAUCAGGAUCUUUUUGUUGUUUGAUAAUCGGCUGAUACGACAUUCCUUACGUUUUUAUAGCAAAAAAUGAAAAUCAUUCCAGCCCCGCCCCUCGCAGAUCGCUCACUGUGUUCAGAUCUAUUGAUAGUUAUUCCUAAAAAAAUAAUAAAACUAUUUAAAAAAUAGCAGCAAAAAAGGUAAAGGUGAUGCAGCAUCUGUACUGGAAAGAGAAUUAUUAAAGAAACUAAUGGAACGUC